AUGUCUUCAUUUAAUUUUAAAUUUAGGUUCAGAAAACCAGCAAAUUAUUUUUUUAUUAUCCCAUGGAUUGCUUUCAUUCCUUGGUGGGGGAUGUUAGUUGCUAUGUUAGCAUGCUGGGCAGGCCAAGGUCAUCCAAUUUAUUGGUUCAUGGACUCUUAUCAGUUCCCUGUCUUUAUUUCAGAUAUCGGUGCUACAAAUCUACGUCCCCUUUUCAUUUCUUGUGCUGGGUGGCAAGGCCUAGGUUAUUGUAUCACUUUAGCUUGUGAAUUUUUCCAAAGAUCAGGUUAUUGGCCAUUUCAAAUUAGCAAAUUUUCAAGUAAGACAACUGCUGAUAAUAAUAAUCCAAGGGAUAAUUACUAUAAUAGUGUUAGUUCCGAGUACACGAGGAUGAUGGCAACAAAGCAUUAUUAUAUGCCUCCAUAUUACACAAAGCACGAGAGAAAUCUGAUUAUUGCUGCAUUCUUCUUAGCUGGUAUCGGCGAAUUAGGUUUAUUGUUCUGUUCCAUUUUCUCUACUGCUCUAUAUCCACAUGUUCACAUUUCAAUGGUCUCCGUUUUCGUUGCAUUUUUGUUUCUAUCAACUUGUUGUUUGAUUGCUGAAUAUUUCCUAAUGGGCAAGCAUUACGCUAUAUUCCAUCCUCUAGCUGAUCCAAGUAAAACAAAGAAAUAUGAAGACAUGCGUUGGAAUGAAUGGACUGGUUAUGUUUGGAAUAAAUUUACAAUCAGUGCUGUUCUGAAGACAGUCUGGUUGACUUUGGCUGUCAUAUGGGCCAUUGCUUUUGGUGCUGACAACGGUUCCGUUAGUGCCUGUUUUGAAUGGCUGUUAGCAUUCUGGUACGGUUUAUUAUUCAUAAUCUUGUCGGCUGAUUUUUACGUUGGAGGGAGAUACAAAGAAUCGCUAUACUUCCACCAGAUUGAAUCUUUCGAAGGUUAUUACAAAUAUGACAAUUUAAUAAGUUCAUCGGAUUCUUAUAACACAUCGGAUUCGGAUGGUUCUAUAGAUGCUCACAUGUUGGAAAUUAAAAAUCAAAACACAUCAGAUCUAGCAUCAUUUACAAAUGAACCAAUUGUAGCAUAA